AAAGGCUCAAAGGUUGAGAGAUCAGGUGGCUAGGAGGCGAGAGGACGGAUGUGACUAGAGGGAAGUGGACAGAACCUUAAUUGGGAUCACCUGCACUCUGAGAAUGAUCGCUUGCUCUUUUGCUCCGUACAUUAAACAUUUCUGUAACUGGUAAGAGACUACUUUCUCUUUGUACUGCUUAACUACAGCCAAGAGGGGAGGAAGCAGAGUCCCUGAAGUCUGACACCUGCUCAUUUCAGCUUCCGUUGAGCCUGUUCAUGUAGCUGCUUGUUCAUGUAAUUUCAUGGUAGUUUCAUUCCUGUUUGCUGCAGUUUCUGGGAACUUCAUGAUUUGUUUUAUAUCUCAUAGUUGUUUUUGUAUCAUCUUCAGUGGACACAAAUGCUCCCUACUGUAAUACGUUAUUUGUUUAUGGUACCUAACUAAUCUUCUUCAAGUAUCCAUCUGCCCUGAGGUGUAUUGUGUGCCUACAUGUGUGUACUAUAUGUGUGUGUGUGAGAGAGAUCUUCAAGCAGAUAUGCUUUUUUCAUCUCUCCUCACUUUCCAUCUUACACCCACAUAAGAACCAACCCUACCCCAAAACUAAAAUGCCUGAUCCACCCACACAUUAAUGAACUACUUUGGUAAUAAAUACAUUUCCUUCCGCUCUGACUUUGCCUGCUCUCCACUGUCACUCAUCUGAGCUUCCGCAAUUCUAACCAUAUCUAUGCUAAAGUAAGUCCCACACAGUUCAAUAGAAAUGUAUACUUACCCUGAUUAUUUGCAAAAGCAAUAAAGAAAACAGAGCAGAACACUGUGAGGCAACUCAUGUGAACAAAUCCUAUAUUGGGCACCAUACUGAUUUUUCGUUUUUUAUAUAAAUACACAGAAAUAAAUCCUAAAAUGAAAAAAAGGGUUUGUUUUAUUUCAUUGUUCUGCCACAUUUUCAUUGGAGUGCUAUUCUUUGAAGUUACUCCAUUAGGAGAAUGAAACAUUCCCUCCCUCUCAUUUCCCUUUAUGUCCACCCUGUGCCCUCCCUAAAUCUGCUCCAGAGGAUUUGAGGGAAACCCAGGAAAGGUUUGAGGGUGACCAGGCAGAGAAGAGUGAGGGGAAAUGGAAAUCCUUUUGCUAAUGGAACAAUUUCAUUGGUUGCCAGCCUCUGUUUUUUCUAGUUUAUAUGAGGGGACAUGUAAUACUGGAGCUUUGGUUUUUUUAAAAAAAGUUUCUGUUUUUGUUCUCAUUUGUAUUUAUUCAGUUCUACAUAUGGCAUACCUACAUUGUUUUCAGAGAACACGCCUUUGAAAUACUCCUGACUAACUUGUUGUCUUCCAGUUGUUGUUGAACUACAACUUGUAUCACCCACAGUCAGCAUCCCAUAGUCACCCAAUAUAUUGAACUUAAUGACAAAGUUUUUCUUUUUUAAAAAACAGCAGCAACACCCAACAAAAUCACUGCAGGGCAUUCUGUAUUAUGUUAGCCUUACCCUCUUCUGUAAAUCUGUUUUAUCAAACACUGACACCUAACAAUCAGAUGAUAUAUACAUAUUCCCAAGUUAAAAAUUAAAAAUGUAUUGAUAAUUCUCCCUAUUUCUAUAGCUCUCUGCUUAAAAAAUACACAAAGCUUAGGUUUUUGUUUGCAAAAAGUUGCAUGGAAAACCCUACUAAAAUUUCAAAACAAACCCCCAUAAAAUUCUUAAAUUUGACAUUUUAAUAUUGCCUGGUAAACAAGGGGAAAAAGCCCGGGUGUACAGAUGGGGGAAAAUAAAUAAACGGGGAGUGGGGAAUGGCAGGUUUCCACCACUCUCCACCCCCCAUGUAAGGUUGCAAUCAUGCAUGUAAAGUAAGUAUAAGUUGCAGGUCCACUGUAUAUAGAAAUAUAGGUUGGUUACCUGUAUUUUUCCAGCUUUUUGUUUGUCAGUUCUUUUCUUUCUCUAAUCUUGAUAGCAACCCAGUCCCUUUUCCUUCCAGGUAUGAAAGUUCCCUACUUGUCCAUCUGUUGAUCUUUCAUCAUCAAGUACUGGAACAAUGGGUAAUGUUUUUGGGAGUAAAAAAAAAGAAUGCCCAAUCUGUUAAGCAGUUGUUUUCUAAUACAGUUUGCACACAAUAAUAUUUUUUGUCUAGUUCUUUUAAACAUCAAUCACAGACAUGUUCGUUUUCACUAAGAAUCCUUCCGUUGGUCUAAAUUACUGAUUUUCUUUCUUAACCCACAAACCACAAGUCAUAAUAAGAUUCCUGCUUCUUGGUAGCAUUCUUCUGUCUUGGAUACCCAAACCACCCUCUUUCCAGUUUUUUGAGAAUAGCAAAGGGUUUCUCAAGACCUAGAGGGGUUGGACUGGUGAUGACAGUCACAAUGUUGAAAGGAUUGGGAUAGUAGAUAUAUUCCAUUAUUCCCGCUGUGUCUCCCCCCACCCCCACCAAUGAAAAAUGGGUGAUGUAUUUGUGAAAGGUUAUGAAUGUGGCCCCUUGUUGUCUGCUGGGUGGGGAGUUGUUCUUACCGUCUCUUCUUACAGGCUCAAUAAGAUUGUAGUGAAGAGAAGUUGUGGCAGAGCAGAGGGAAAGCAAGGAUAUAUAUGUUGCUUUCAUAAGGAGCAUUGCAUCAUGAACUUCCUUCUUUCACUUCCAAUUUACAGUAAGUGAAUAAGAAAGAAGAAAGUAGUGGGAUGCUUUCUCUUACUCUUGAAGGCCUUUCUGGUGUCUUCCUUAUAUUCUUGAUACUGCCUGUAAAAGAAUUCACCAUGUACAGGCCCACUGAACAAAUAUAUCUCCUAGAGAGAUCAUUGUCAAAAGCUUUUGUUCAUAAAUGAUAUGAUGAUUAAAAACUCCAAACUCAGUGUAUGGGCGGGGUUCACCAAGGGUUUCUGGACAUAAGAGACCUCCUGGUGUUCUGAGGAUUUUGGGGACCUGGAGAAAAGUGUCUGAAGCCUUCAAACCCACAGUUUUCUAAUUAAGGUAACAGACAUGGGGAAAUUCGGGAAAUUCUUAUCAUAGGCCACCUCAGUUGUCACAGUUGCCUCACUAAGAACAACCACUUCCUGUCUUUAAUGUCAGCCAAAAGUUUCCUUUUUGGGGAGUUCCUAUUUUCACAUCUUCUUAGCCCAGGAAAGACAAUAGUUUGUGGGCUGCAGAGUGUUCUUUUGUUGAAUGACAGUUGUCACCAUGGUGUUCUGAAGGUGCAAGCAAGUUUCUGUCAAUAUAGUAUACUUCAUGAGGGAGAGCUUCAGGUUUUGCUCCUGAGGCUGCAAGGCAUAUCCACUGGGAACUCAACCCAGGAUAUUUCCACUGUUAUCCUCAGGAAAAUAAUAUUCUAACCAAUAGAAAUGACGUGUAUCAUAUCUAGUCACCAUUCCCUUUAUUUCCGAUAUUCAGCCUUUGCUUAUGUAGCUGAUGCACAAGAGAGAGGUAUCAGCAAACUUGGAAGAAUUCUAAGAUUUUGCAGAACUCCAAAAAUAGGGGGGAGGACAUAAUCAUCCAAACAGGCAUCUGUACUCAAUGGGUUUCCAAUGCCUGGUUAAAAGUCUGUCCUGAUGGAGCUGUACACAUACCACUUUGAAGGGUGUUUCAUAACUGUGGGGACACCACCAAAAAGCUCCUUUCUCUCAUGCUCACCGAUCUAACUGAUCUUACCAAUUGGACUACUAGCAAGACCUCUGAAGCUGCCCUUAAGACACAGAGAGGUUUACUUUGGCACAAUAAAAUUGCCAAUCUGUAGAGAACCUGCAAGUUUUGUUCUGAGUGGCGCAUAAAAGCUGGGUGGCGAUGGGAAAGGGAUGAUUUUAAUUGGAAGUGUCAUUAUCCCAAUCUGAAUAAGCUCCAUCUUCCACAGCUGCUAUUAACACCCCACAAAAAACCCCAUGGGAAGAUAAGGAUCUCCUGCUUCGUGUCUACUUUGGUCCUAAGUUUUAUAAGGUACAACAAGACUGAGCUGUUUUAACAAAAUAUUCAGUGAUUUUCAUAAUAAACUGUUCCCAUAACUAUAGGGUUGGAUCUAAUUAAAUCAUAUUUAAGAGUAGACUCAUUAACUAACGAAUCCAUGGAUUUCACUGUGUCUACUCUAAAUAUGACUUAUUUGGAUAAAACCCAUGCCCAAAUUAAUGUAACAUCAGGUGGUGUGGUACCACACAGUUACACAAUUGAUGGAUAGACCCCAACUGACCUCUUCCUCUUUGUGGGAAGCAGCAGAAAUUAUAGGAAACAGUUGUGACUCAAACAGUGGGGAACAUGUGGCUAGAGCUGAAGAAUAUUUCUGUCUACCGUAUAUACAGUGGUACCUCUGGAUACGAACGGGAUCUGUCCCAAAGCCCCGUUCGCAUCCUGAAGUAAACGUAACAUGUGACUGUGAGACUGCAUGUGCGUGGGUCGCAUCCUGCCUCUUGCAAGGCUGCGCUGCACUGCGCCUCUCCCAACUGCGGCUCCUAUGUCUGCUCUUGCAAGCGGCAGAGGCGGCAGCAGAGGGACAAGUGUCCCGAAAGGAGCCCUUUCUCGCCGCUGGUCCCACCACUGCCACCAGCCACCAUCCCUGACCACUGGUUCUGUUAGCUAGGGACGAUGGGAGUUGUAGUCCCAAAACAUCUGGAGGGCCGAGUUUGCCUAUGCCUGUCCUAAAGGCUUAUUUAUAAGCCUCAGCCAGAGUCGUGGAAGGGAGAAGGCAAAGGUGGAGCUUUCUUACUGAGAAGAGAAAAGGAACUGGUGAGAAGUGGUUGGCUGGGUUAUGAGCAAAGCUCCUCUGGUCUGAUGGGGACAUAGAGAAGCUCUGAUGUGACACAGCCAUUUUGAGAGCCCUGACUUAGAGUUCAGUGAUUCACUCUGUCAAAGACAACACGACAAUAACCUAAUUUGGAGCAUGUUAAGUGGAAAAUACUUAUUUCUAUGCGAGGGAGCUUAGAUUAUAACCAUUGUUAGGAAGAAGCAUAGGAGCUCAGAAAGCUGCCUUCUACUGAGUCAGACCAUUGAUUCAUUUACAUCAGAAUUAUCUACACUGACUGACAUGGCAUUCUGCGGCCGAAGGCAAGUUUCUCUCCCACCUCAGCCCAGAUGUUUUGCAUACAGAACAGAUGCUCUGCCAUUAAGGUUACAGCCCUUGCUGUAGCCAGGGGACCUACUUCCAGAUAGGAUAAGUGCCUGCCCCUGUUAGCAGUAGGUGUGGCAUGAGGAUAUGAUAGUGGAGGGGAGGUUUUGCUAAUGCAAUCAGAUUUUUUUCAGGGUAGUGAUGGGACACUGGGUGGGCAAUGGAGUGCUGCCAUACACAAGGAGCCUCAGAAACAAUAAAGGCCUGAUGGUUUUUUUUUUUAAAAAAAGAUGCUGGAUAGUUUUAUUGUUUCCAGUUUUAUACAAGCAAACCACAGAAGCCAUUCUUUCCAGAGUGUUCCUGGCCCAUUGGUCCAGCAGAAGACUAGGAAUGGGGAAGGGUUGCCACUUAUGCAGGGCUGUCCUGCUCACGAGGCAGGCUGAAGCAGCCAUCUUGGACAGUGGAAUCCCAUGGGGCAGUGCCCACACAGGGACCCUGCCUGCCCCUACCACCACUGGAGAAUGUAGAGCAGUAGGAGAGAUCUCCCUGGAAGCCACUGCUGUGCAAGCAGGGUAAGCAAGGCUUCGGCUAGGGAAACUUUCCUGUUUUGCCUCAGGCAGCGAAAUGGGAUGGGCUGCCCCUUGCACUUAUGCAUUGCCAUCAGAUUUACUUUUGCUAAUUUAUAUGUACAGGUGCAAAUUUAGCUAGUACUUUUCUCCAAACGAUGGGACACGGGUGGCACUGUGGGUUAAACCACAGAGCCUAGGACUUACCGAUCAGAAGGUUGGCAGUUCAAAUCCCCACGACGGGGUGAGCUCCCAUUGCUCGGUCCCUGCUCCUGCCAACCUAGCAGUUCGAAGCACGUCAAAGUGCAAGUAGAUAAAUAGGUACCACUCUGGCGGGAAGGUAAACGGCGUUUCUGUGCGCUGCUCUGGUUCGCCAGAAGCGGCUUAGUCAUGCUGGCCACAUGACCCGGAAGCUGUCUGCGGACAAACGCCGGCUCCCUCGGCCUAUAGAGCGAGAUGAGCGCGCAACCCCAGAGUCGGUCAUGACUGGACCUAACGGUCAGGGGUCCCUUUACUUUUACUAUUAUCCAAACAACACAACUCACCUUUGGGUGCGGAUAGUCAGGUGGCCUGCAUGCCUGCUUUCCCUACUGGUCUUUAAACCGGACAGUGCUUCAAAAAGAGGGCUCUUUCAAAUAGAGGUCAUUUGAGAGUCCUUCAGACAGAGAGUCCUUCUUCUCCAAUCAUGGACUGUCCUACAGUCCAACUGUUCUUGAAUCUUUGCUAGGGUCGAGAAUUGAAUCUAAAAUAAACCACUGCACAGGCUGUGGACAUAGGGGAUGACACAUCCAACAAGAAUGAAAAAGUGGGGUAAUGAAACAAGAGAGAAGAUGAAUUUGCAUGCAAAGCAAGAGGAGGGUGCAACCUUGCAUGGAAGCUUGCUUCAUUUUUGUUCUGAGAGGAACUUGUCAUGAGAAAGAGGCUUCUUUCCUCCUUUCACAGAAUAGUGUAUUUCUUCAUAUCCUGGUCUAAUUACAGAAAACCUAGUUCUGACUACAAAGCGAAUUGAAUGGCCACUGUUUGAUUUCCUGUUUUUAUCUUUCUAAGAAGCUGAAUUUCCAUGUAAUUUGUAUCUAUAGCUUUGCAUUUCAAGGCUGUAUUUCCAUCCAGCUGUUAAUCUGCUUUCUACUUGGCUUAAUCUCAAUAUUCUCGCCUUGUACACAGAAAGCAAAUUAGCAGUAGAACAGAAGGUAAAUGUGGCCCCAAACCGAUAAAACAUUAUUCUUUGGAACUAUUCAUAUACACAUGCCCACUUCAUUAUAAAUACAUUAAUUCAGAAUGAAUGCAAUAGAUGCUGAUAUAGUUAUGGAUGUGCAAUUCUAUCACUUCUCAUCUUCACAAUUGUUUCUGGCUCUUUUCUGUGUGCCUUAAGAGGCUUAUUAACCCAACCCCUUAUUAAACUCCUCUUACUAACCUUCACAAUGCUUUUUAAAGUAUUUUUUAAAAAAACCCUUCAUGUUGUGUGUAUGUGUAGAAUCAAUCACUGCUAUGUGUAGAAUCAAACCCUAAAAGCAGUUCCAGGAGUUUGAUAAUGCUAAAACAGCCAUGUAUCUAUGAAGCUGCAAUACAGUUUCGUAUUAACUGGUGAGACUUUCAACAUUCACCACAAGAUGGUGCAGCUGUUCUCUCCAAUAGCUUUUCAUGCCCAAGUGCCAUUCAAGUACCAGAAUAUGAGAAUACAACCCCCCCACACACACUUUUUAAAACCCAACUAAACAAAACUAAAACAAUAAAUAAAAACACACACCCCAUUGUUAAUAAAGAAACACCUAUAAAUACACUUAACUAGUUUGCAGCUUAUUUUUUCUCUCCCACUGCUGCCCCCUUCUAAAAACAUUGCAUUUUAAAUUUCACUACAAUAAUCCCAUUGCAACAAACUACAUUUCUUACUGACACCAAUCAACUCCAUUCUCAUUAUGGAAACUACUUACUAAUAAUAAUAAAAAAUACACAUGGAUGCUUGAGUAAAUGUAGUGCAGGAAUUAUAAUCUCGAAAUCUCCAGUUCAAAUCACAUGCUUGCUGCAAAACUACAUUCGUAGAAGUUAGCCUUAGGCAAAUCCCUGGGUAUAUAAACUAAAGGUGGGCUGAAAGUUUGAACUUUCCGAUAAUUUGGGGAGUGGUUUGGGAACUGUGAAGAAGGGAAUCUACCUACCCCCUUCACUUUUUUCAUUCUUCUGCAACUUGGAGCAGUGACAACAAAACUCUUAUUGAUGGAAGGCUCAGAGGGAAUUCCAGUCAUUAAGGCAGGACAAUAAUUCAACAUCAACUUCGUUGGACUGGUCAUGUUGCGCGGAUGCCUGAUUAUCAUCUUCCAAAGCAACUACUCUAUUCUGAACUUAAAAAUGGAAAGCAUAGUGCUGGUGGUCAACAAAAGAGGUUUAAAACUCUCUCAAGGCAAAUCUUAAAAAAAAAAAGUAGUUUAAACACUAACAACUGGGGAAUGCUGCCUGCGAGUGCUCCAAUUGGAGAACAGGCUUUACCAAAGGUGUCAUGGGCUUUGAAGACGCCCAUGACAAAGGGAGAAAUGUGCUAAGAGGAAGGCGUGCUUGGCAAACCCUUACCGUGAUCAACUCAAGCCCAGAAACCUAUGUCCCCACUGUGGAAGGAGGUGUAGAUCCAGAACCAGCCUCCACAGUCACUUAUGGACUCACUGUUAAAACCUUUUUCAUGGAAGACACUAUUACUCGGCUGCAAGUGAUCGCCAAAGAAGAAGAAGACAAUAAUUAUUGUAUUAUAUCCAGGAGAGAAAGAGAACAAACUCAGGAAACAACUAAGGCCUGUGCCAUCUAGUGAAUAAACUAUGUAAUUAAUGACACCCCAAUCAGCAUCAUCACAUGUUGUGAGCAAGAGAGGCAGAUGCUGGCAGCCCAGUUUGUAUGGCAAUGCUGUGGAAGUCAGGUGGUGUGUGCACUGACUUUCCUCCAGAACUGUCACCCAGCUGAGCUUCACUUGAGAACAGGGCUGUCUCCAGGUUUGAGGGGAAGGGCUGGUCAAAAUGUCUUCUGGUAUCACCUGCCUCAGGUGGCCUUGGCAUAUUUAGCUGCAGUGGCAUUGCUCUGGCACUGUGCCUAUCAAUUCUUUGAGUCUAGCAUCAUUUUAUUUAUACCCCACCCAUCUGGUUGGGUUGCCCAAGCUACUCUGGGCAGCUUCCAACACAAAUAAAAGCAUAACAUCAAACAUAACAUCAAACUUCCAAAUACAGGACUGCAUUCAGAUAUCUUCUAAAAGUUGUGUAGUUCUUUAUCUCCUUGACAUCUGAAGGGAGGGCGUUCCACAGGGUGGGUGCCACUGCCGAGAAGGCCCUCUGCCUGGUUCCCUGUAACUUCAUUUCUCACAGUGAGGAAACCGCUAGAAGGCCCUCAGAGGUGGACCUCAGUGUCUGGGCUGAACGGUGGAGGUGGAGAUGCUCCUUCAGAUAUAUACUGCCAAGGCUGUUUAGAACUUUAAAGGUCAGCACCAGCACUUUGAAUUGUGCUCAGAAACAUACACAAUGCCUUAGAGUUCUUAGAGCUGGGGCCAUGGUAGGAAAUUAAAAGCACAAUUGCAUCCAGCUCCCAGGAGUGCCUGGUCAGAAAACACAAUAAGGAGGCCCUGGAGUGUGCCCUGCUACAGCACUGGGACCUUGGCUCCUGUCCAAAGUGCUGGUGCUGGUUCUGGUUCUGCUUGGGAAUAGCAGCACACACUGGUCGCUGCUUUAACACUGGGUUCUGAGAAUGUUUAAAUGGAACAUCUCCUUAGGAAGUUUGCAAGAUGUUUCAUGAGCCAAAGUACUUUCAGAUGUGCAGUAUUCAGGGUGGCAAAAGUCCCAGAGUGAUUAGAUAGAUAGAUAUGCACACACAGAGAGAGACACUGGCAGGAUUGUUCAUGAAACAAAUCUAAUUAUUCUGUGAUGGUCAUGUGUGCUAUAUAGUUAAAAAGUUUCAGUCGUGUGUGAGGGGAGGUAAUCUGUACUGCCUCCAUUUCGGCCAAAGCCUCCUGAAAUCUUAAUGAUUUAUAUCUGGAAAAAGGAAAAAGCUGAACUGAAUGCCAUUGGAAAAUGAAGGAAAAUAGAAACAUGGGGGGCAUUUAUUUUACAUCUGCAGGACAUUCAAAUGCACUGCUGCAAUUUCUCUUAAAGGAGUAACAGAUACAGAUUUUUGCCUUGUGGAAUCCCUUGAACAUUGCCAUCAGAUAAAUUUCAUUGGUCUAGAUAGCCAAAACUUAUUUUUUACUUAUCAACAAUCUUUUGUGCUUGCUUACUGAGAAGGAUAUAUCUGGCCAGUCUCAUGCUAAUGUGAACCACUCCCUCUACCCCCACAUUUCCAGAUAGGCUUCAUUAAGCUGGUGCGUUAUGAAUUGCUUAUUUAAGGAGAGGAGUGGUGCCAAACUACCACAAAAACAUUAUUUUGCUGGUGUGGGAGGGAAAGAGGAAGGUAAAGCUUUCUGGAUAACUUGUGCCUGUGGGUCUAGCUUCUCUGGUUCGGGAAAAUAAAACCCUGACCACCUUAUGUCUAGACAGGCCAAGGGAGGAAGAGAAAGAAAAUGUAUGUGUCUGAGAGAGUAUGAAUAUGGAGAAAAUAAGGGGGGGGGAUCCUGGGUCAUUUGUAAUGGAGAAGCUGGCAUACAAAAGUCCAUGUCUUCGGAUGCAUGAAGCAUUAUCCUGAUGUGUAGGUACAUGUAAACCUGGCUGGGUAGAAUUAUGAAACAGUAAGGUGAGAAAAGUACAGACAGUGUCAUGAUGACUAUUUACAAUGGCCAUUCUAAAAGAAAAAAGUAGAGAGAUGGAACAGCAUCUUGACCUGUGUAGUUGAGAGUGUGUGGGUGAUCGAAAAGGCCAGAGAGCAGCACAGCUUCAAUUUUGCCCUUUUCAAAACCUGUGCCUUGUUAUUUGAUAGAAAUAAAGGCAAAGCCUCUUCUCCUUCCAGAGGGGAGGAGCUGUGAACGGGAGCCUUUCCCCACGUUGGCAGGGGGCGUUCUGGCCCCUGCUCAGCUGCCCUGGCUGCUGUGCCAUGCCCCCUCGCAGCCAGCCAAUCAGGCGGAGGCUUGGGGGUGGGGUUUAGCCACUCAAAUGCAGCUGCUGCAGCGCUUCCCUUUCACUGCGCUGCUGGUUUUCGUUGGAAUUAUAAGAAAUCAAUAGGAUCAAGUUUUUUAAGAAUGGAAAUCAUUUACAGAGUAUAUUCAGAAUUAUUGUAAACACAUUAAGAGUUUAGCAGGCUUAAUAUAAAAACAUGCAGUAGUAGAAUAAAAUGUAAAUGGCACAUAGGGGAUAAAAAUUAAAUUGGUUUAAUUUGGAAAUGCAGUAAAAUAUGAUGAAAAAGGAACUACAGAAAGAGGAGGAGGGAAGUCAUAUAUAUACAGUAUAUGAUACAUUGUUUGAUUUUUAAGUUUUUCUUUUUUUGAAUAUUUGUAUGUUGUAAGAUUAAUUAUAUAAAUAAAAUUAUAUAUAUAUAUAAAGAGAAACAUGAACCCUGGGUAAGUGCCUGGAAUCCCUGGAAGCUCACAACACUCAGAGAUCACUCCCAAGUGAUUAAAAUAUUUAUACUGCACCACAGUCUAAAGAAUACUGUAGAUCUCUCUGCAAGCAUGAUUAUCAUUAUCUGAUGAGGAAAGCCUCUUAACAAGCCAAUGUUGCAUAAUUUCGCUGGCUCUGGCGGUGUGGUUUUAUGGAUGAAAAUAUCUGCAGAUGACAGCUGACUGUUACAAAGCUGAGUCUGGCAAUUGAAGUGAAUUUUCUUUUAAAAUACCUGUUUUGAAAGCUUAGAUAAUUUGUAGGUGUGCGGAAGCUAAUCCACUUCAUUUGAUUCAAAUGGGCUUGAAACAGGCAGGGGAAUCCAGUGCUUGAUCUACAAUGCUUGAUCCACACAUGGCAUGGGAAAUUCUGUAUGAAAAACCCAAUGGAAGGAGAUGGGGUACUCCUAAACAAUAUGCUAUAUUAUGAAGCUUUUUCAUUAAACCUCUUUUACGUUGAUGAAGGUACGAAAACACUGGGUAGCCCUGGAGGAGAAAAUGUUAGGCCAGGGCCCUUUGUGGACACUGCCUUUCAACAGGGCUGGCCCAAGACAUUUUGACAGCUGAGGCAAACAACAAAUUGGCAUCCCUACCCUCCAGGAAAGAGGAAGUGAACACACAUUCUUUAGGACAGUACAAAACCCCGCAAAAACAAUUUUGAAAGGAAAGGUUUCCUGUGGAUCCUGCUGCCUGAGGCAGGUCACCUCACCUUGCUUCACGGGUGAGCUGGCCCUGCCUUUCAAAAAGGCAUAACUCAUUUACUUUGUGCACUUUCUUGAAAUGGAAAAAUGGUAGUCUUGCAUUUUGCCAGUCUGUUCACCUCUAACACGGUUACAUUGUCACCCUGCUCUUUUUUGAGACCACAUUGAGGAAAGUUCUGGCAAAGGAUAGCUAAAGGAAAUUUUAAGGUGUGCAAUUUUCCAAAUAAAUAAUACACCUGUUACACCCUGGUCGAAUUAACUAGCAUUAUGUCAAAUAUGGCCCCUGAUAGGUACUAUGGACAGCCACAGCCACACCAACUAUUUGAUUUGGGUCGACUGGGUUAAAGGAAAAUAGUGUCAUAUAAGGAAUAGUUCAACCUGUCCCUUUUCCAAAUCAUUGAGGGAAAUAUCAGAUACAUUUUGUUUGCAUAACUCUUGAUCUCUUUAUUGGUAGGUGCUUGGUUAUCCAUUGUACAGUAACUGAAAACUUUAUAAGAUACAGAUCUUCCAUUAUGGUACAAAAAUAUAUGAAAUAUAUUUCUGAAAGAAUCACAAAUUUACUUGCGAGCUCUAUGGCAUACUGUUAAACCUGAUACAUUUCACGAUGGAACUCUGACAUAAGUUAAUGAACACCACUUGCAGCAAGAAAUCUCAGUGAUUUAUUAUUAAUAAAUUUGUAUGCCACCCUAUAUCUUCAGGUCUCAGGUUUCCAUAGAAGUUUUAAACUCUUGACUUUGAAUGACUAUGGUAAAUAUUUUGUUGAUGUGAUCCAUCUUUUAGCAUUGUUUUUGAGUUUUUAACCUUCUUCACAGGUGUAUGUAUUCUUUCCUGGUUUCUUUCUGCAUCCUGAAAAUCCAAUAACAAUUGUUACAAAACAUCAAGUUCUGUUACAAAAUAGGGGGAAUGCUCUCAUAUAAGUAAAGUAAGGGUUGCAGCCUUCACCUAUUGGAAAGUGAAAGCUCUAAACUUUGUACCCUAGAAUAAUCCCAUUGGAGUUAAAGGGGACUGUCCAUUUGAAAUUUUAUGACUCCAAACAGUAGGAUCAACAAAAUGACUCACCCUCUGGUUCAAAAUUACACUGCUCAGAUAAAGAAAGCUUUGACUAACUGGGAGCGGAUUUUGUGUGACCAAACUAAAUUCCUUUGACUAGUUAAACAAUCUAUAGCCUUUUAAACUGUCUUUGUUACUAUGUUACAUAUUUUUAUGUUUAUAUAUUUUAUAUUUUUAUAUCACCCGGUGACCCUUGAGUGAAGGGUGGUAUCGAAAUUUAAUAAAUAUUUGUGUGUGUGUGUGUGUGUGUGUGUGUGUGUGUGUGUGAACUGCUUUCAGGUUUUAUUUACAAGCAAGCAGUGUACAUUUUCCAUGAAAUAAAUAUAUAAUAAGUAAGUAGACUCAACUGGCAUCAAGUUGUCAGGAACUGGAAAGAGGAGGAAUGGUGGAGACUGCCUCUCCCUCCUCCUGAACCUUCCAGAGAAGAGGAAGACAGUAUAGAUUUACAGCAGUGGUUUGCGGAAGGUAACAGCUCAAAAGCAGAUGAGGGGCAAAGUUGGGAAAUAAUGGAAGAGGACGAGGAGGAGGAGGAGAAGGAGGAGGAGGAGGAGGAGGAGGAGGCAGAGCCAGAACAGCUGGCUGACACAUUAUUACUAGAAAGCAUUCCAGACACUGCUUCCCCAGAAGCUGGUGAACAUUGAAAGUAGGAGAGCAAAGGGCUUGGAGGCAAAUGGCCCUAAGCAGCCACCGUAGGGUGGGUGCUGCUGAUGAUGAUUGAGGAGAGAAGGGGGGGUGGAGAUUACUCGGAGCAACGUCAUUACGCCAAUAGGCUGCAUUUCUAAGCCUCUCUCUGUGAAUAUUGAAUAAAAGACAUUGGUAAGAACUUUCCUUGCCUAUCUAUUCCUGGCAGCCUACCAUGGGGGGAUCGGAUUCCCUGAUGCCUGACACAGGUUUCCAUAAGUCUUGGAAGCUGGAAGAAUAAGCUGUUUUUGUUUAUUAAACAAUGAUUUUUUAAAAAACAAACAAACCACAAACCGUAUAUAUUUCUGAAUACCAAGGAUGUUGUUUAAUGUGCAAAAAACCAUUUUUGAUUGCCUUGUUUCCCAGACUGAUAGAGGCACUUCUCAAACCUGAGUUAGCCACUUAGGCAGAAUAAUAGAGAUCAGGCCAAAGGAAGAAGUACUUGGAGAGAAAAAAUCUGUAACGUUACCAAACUUAAUUAGUUCACUCCAGUCACUCCAUUCUUCUCCAACAGUGCAAUACUGUCCAGCUGCACGAAGCUUCAAGAUGUAUUCUUUAUCCUUUAGAAACAAGUGGUAGGUUUCCCCCGUUUUUUUCUAAAAGCAGGAUAUUGAUCUGAUUUAUUCCUUUGUAGGUGAAGUGACAUUCAACAAUUUGAUUUUUUAAAAUAGAAUUAGUGGUGCCCACCCAAUUCCACUGUGUAAUGUAAAGACGGCUAUUUCUCUUGUGCAAAAGCAUUCAACAAGCUGCUUCCUUAAUUCACUCACUAGGAAAAUACUUUCCCCUUGGAAAAUCACUAUAGCUGCCUUUUAAGUAAAUAUGCUCAGGGGCAGGAUAUUAAUAAUUCUUCAGUUUUACAACUACUGUUAAGAGAUUAGAAGUCGAAAAGUCACAAUAUGAUUGUCUUAGGGGCAAGGGAGAGGAGAACUGUGGUCCUUCCUAGAUUUACUUGAGUAUGCAUAGCCAAUUCAAACUAUGGUCCACAUCCUUACUUCUGUGAUUCUCCAAAGCCUUCUUGCGGGGAGGGGAUUUGCCAUGAAAUUUUUAUUGAACUGUUUCAUUAUACCAUACAUUAAAAAGCAAACUAAUCUGAAUAAAAAGAAAAAAGGGAAAUGAAAUAGAAAUAGAAAUAGAAAUAAUAGAAAUAGAAAUAGAAGUAAUAGAAAUAGAAAUAGUAAUAAUAGAAAUAGAAAAAGAAAUAGAAAUAAUAGAAAUAGAAAUGGGUGGAGGAUACAAAGGCCUCUCUCAAAAGCAUAUCUUAACCUUUGUCUCACACAGAAGGGGGUGGACCCUCCCAGCUCUUACCUGGGAGAUUCCCUCUAUAUGUUCCCAGUCUCCCACCCUGGAAGAUUUUCCCUUCUCUGCCUCUUUCACCAGCCAUCUAUCAUUAACCCAGAUUAGGUAAAGGUAAAGGGACCCCAUACCACUAGGUGCAGUCGUGACCGACUCUGGAGUUGCGGUGCUCAUCUCGUUUAUUGGCCGAGGGAGCCGGCGUACAGCUUCCGGGUCAUGUGGCCAGCAUGACUAAGCCGCUUCUGGCGAACCAGAGCAGCACAUGGAAAUGCCGUUUACCUUCCCACCGGAGUGGUACCUAUUUAUCUACUUGCACUUUGACGUGCUUUUGAACUGCUAGGUUGGCAGGAGCAGGGACUGAGCAACGGGAGCUCACCCUGUCAUGGGGAUUUGAACCGCCGACCUUCUGAUUGGCAAGUCCUAGGCUCUGUGGUUUAACCCACAGCGCCACCCGUGUCCCUUUAACCCAGAUUAGAAGACAUCAAAAAGCAAAGUAGAUUAAACAAAACAAAACAAACAGGGAGACACCUAGAUAGAACUUCUAGACUGGCCCUAUUUCAGAAUGUUGUGAUCAAAUUUUACUAUACCGCCCAUUUAUACCCCAUUUUUCUUCCAAUAUGUAACCCUUGGCAGCCUACACGUGGCUGUCUCAUUCCUAAAUUCAUUCCCCCAUGUGUAAGUGUUUAUAGAAAAUAACAAUACUUACUGUUAUAAUUCCAUUUCUCAGUUCAUCCUUAAGGGAAAAGGGUAACAUUUUUAGUUGGUACUGGUGUCAAAUUUUCUUUGUGCUAUUUUCAAAUUAUGCUUGAUUUCACAAAUUCAGCUGGGUACUUUAAUCAGCAAGGAAGGCAAAAGUUGUCAACAGCAAUUGAUUACAUGUGUCUGUGACUUACUUGUUGGUAGGUGGUUUAACUUUCCUCCCAAUCUUUUCUUUGCUCCACUGUUUGACAUGACAAACAGGAUUGGCUUGGGGCAUUUUGCUGAUGGUAAUUCUACACUGCAGGUCCUGGGCCAGAUGGACCCUUUUCUCAGCCCAUCCAUCUUGUUGAUUCCUCAUGUGCCUCACCAAUCCCAGAGUAGCAGUACUGGGUCCUCUGCAACACCUUUCCCCUCUUCGGCUCUCUAUAGAACUUUCCUCAUCCUGUGAAUCAUUGCAAGUUGCUUCUAUCCACCCACGUUUUGUCAUAGCCUUUCUAACGUGGAAGUUGAACAAAUCUGAAUCUCAUUCUGUUUAUUUCAAGAAUUGUCAUUGAUUCCAGCAGAUAUGGAUGGUUCUAAAACUGAAUUCUAUGUACAUUUGAAAGCUGGACAUAUUUCAAAAUGUGAAAUGGUCCGUCCCCCCCUUUGGGGGGGAGAUAUGCACAUAGGACAAGCAAAGAUGACCAAAAACAAUUCAACAAAGAGAACCACAAUGGCCUCUUACCUUUAUCUGGUACUUAAAACAGUAAUCUGCAUUUGUAGUAGCAGUUGGAGGGGGUUUCCAUUCUACUUUACAAUACAACAGCAGUUCACGACAAUUCACAGUGAUACAUUGCGGUGGGGCAAGUUUUUCUGGAAUGAAAUAACCCAUCUUUUACUUGACAGUAGGAGAGGUGUGAGAUUACAAGGGCAUUAGAGUGGUGAGUCUUUCAUCCCUCUCUUAAAUAUUUCAUAUUCACAUAUGCUAUGGGUGAGUGUGGCCAGGUUGAUAGCCAGGAAUGUUAUGGUGUGAGGUCAUGCAAGGGUACAGGGUGUGGGUGGGUGUAUCUGCCACUGAAAAGCUGUGAUGUAGAAGCAGUCAGAUAUGUUUUUGAGGUUGUUUAAUGAUAAUUUUACAAGCAUUUUAAAUUAAAGGCCUAUUGCAGGGUUGCACGACAUCUGACUAUCCAGAUGUGGCUGGACUCCCAGCAGCCCCAGCCAACCUAACCUGUGAUCAGUGGCAAUGGGAGUCAGAAUCUAAUAUUGAGGCCACAUGUUCCCAUCCCAGAUUUAUAGCUAUAUAAAGAUUUCUAGUACUGCUGGCAAAAAAAAGUAAACCAAUAUACUCCACCCUCUCUCACCAUAAUCGAAAGGCCAGGCUUGGUGAUCCAGUGUCUGAAUUGGUGAUUCUUUGCUUGAGCCAGUCACCUGGAGGGUAAUAUGAUUCUCAGGAACUUUCAUAUUAGGAAAAUGGCACCCAACAUGUCUUCCAAGUUCAUUAUUUUUGUAUUGGGGACAUUCAAUGCUUUCUCCAUCGUUUUCGCUGCAUGCAAAAAUAUUUUGUUAAAAACCCAACCAGGAGUAGCAUACUCUAACCAUUCCCUUCCCCACCCCCAUUUAACAAAUGAAAAUGAAUUACAAAUAUAUCAAGUUUAGAAAAUACUGGACGUCAUUAGGAGCAUUCCUGCCCACUUCCCAAGUGCAAUCCAUUGAGGUAACAUGAACAGUGUAAAUGACACAGGAUAAAUUUUCAGCUGAUGUCCCUUCCGGUCCUGGGGAAAAAAAUUAGGAAAGAUCAUGUUUAGUAACAUACAUUGAAGUGCUCAGAGUACUUUUAUCAUCACCUCAUAUAUGUGUCAUCCAUGUUUAUGAGUUUGGUUCUGAGUCUGAGUAGCUGCAUGCAGGGGUGAAGGAAGGGGUGUGUGGGUAGGUGCGAUCUGCCCAGGUGUCCCCACUGAGGGGGGUGACAAAAUGCUGGGUGGCAUUCACUGCAGGGCCUACAGCGCGCCCAAGCCACACGUCUCUCCUGGGACACCCGCAGGCUCCGCUCUGCCCCAAACGGUCUGCCCACCGCCUCCCCCUCAACUGUAGGGCAGCUGAGUGGGAGGAGGCAGGCAGACUCCUUGGAGGCCCCGCGGAGCGUCCUGCCCCGGCUGGCCCCGCCCCUGGGCACAGGGCACACACGCUGCCCCAGGCACCUGAUCGGCUUGCUCCGCCGCUGCCUGCAUGGGUUCUUCUGAGAAGAGUUAAUGUAAGGUUACCAGACAUCCCCAUUUCCCGAGGACAGUCCCAGGAUUUGCAAAUCAGUCCCCAUACAAAAUCCAUUGAAGUUGAAAAGUGUCCCCAGAUUCAUUGAAAAAAAUCUGGUAACCUUAAGUUAAUGUGCUCAUCAUAUAAGUUUGAAUGAGGUUAGACUAAACAUGAAGAAGAACUUUUUGAUGGCAAGAGCUGUUGGACCAUAGAAUGGAUUACCUUGGAAUGUGGUGGACUCUUUUUCACUGGAGACUUUUAACCAGAGAUGGAAUGACCAUCUGUCUGGGAUUCUUCAGCUCUGAUUCCUGCAUUGCAGGGGGGCUGUACUAGACGACCCUUGGUGUCCCUUCCAACCCUACAUUUCUAUGAUUCUAUGAAAGUGUUUCCUUUUUAAGGUCACUACAAGUUCCAUUGCCAGUGUUCACCCUAGGGUGUUCUAAAUUCAAUCAAUAUGAGGUCGGAGUGCUAAUCCCAUAUCACACCCCUUGUCACCAGAGUUAUGCAUACCCUGGCAGCAGUUCUGUACUUCUGUAGGUAUGAUAUGAUUGCCUAGAAUGACUUAGAUGGACUCAAACAUGGUGGUAUAGGAAUGAAUGACUCAUAUACCUGUAUGCUGGCAUCAUCUAUUAAGUAUGCAGUAAUUGGUUUUAUUUACACAGAAAUGAGGAAAUGCCUGUGUAUUAAUGAUAGUUUAACAUGGAAAAUGGAUAAAUGUGUAUCUCUAACAUGGAUUUUUUCCCACAGUUUUCUAAGGUACUCUAAGCUCCUAAAUGGGUCAAUGAUUACCCGUUGAGUGUUUUCUGUUUCUCUAAUGUAUCCUGUUACUCUGAAUGUAACCUUUGAGCAUGUGAUGAAGUUACUGAGUUGCAAAUUCGCCAUCUUGAAAGAAUGGUGGCUUUUAGCCUUUCUCUGAAUGCCACAAAGAACAAAAGGAUGUAGAUGGCUCACCAACUCAUCCAUAGGCUAAGGUCACUGGGGGCUGGAAUGUGGAACAGAGACCCAGUUUGGAUUUUUGGAACUAUCUUUCAUUUCUAAGUUGCUGAGCCUGUGCUAGACAGCACAAGACAUUGCACGAAUGUUUUGGAUGUAUCAUUUGAUGUAUUUUGUUCUAUUUUCGAAAAAUUUCUGCAAGUAAGCUUUGAAUAAUAUUUUUACGGGAUUGGACAAUGUUUAUUUCCAAAAGUAGUUAGUUCUUAUGCACCCAGCCACUUCGAUCUCUGCAAUAUUAAUAUCUGCAAUAUAACCUGCUAAUCAACUUGAAAAUAUAUACUUACCCUCCUCUUGUGCAAAAGUUCUGUAGAAAAUAGAGUACAACAGAACAAUGAGCCGAACUGUGUCAGCAAAUCCUAGAGUGGCCACCAUGCUAUUUUUCUUUUCUUUAUAAGUGGGGAGGAAUGAGUCCUAAAGUGAAAGAGGGGGAUUUCUUUUAUUUCAUUCCUUUGGUACAUUUUUCCUUUGAGUGGUAUUCUGCAAAGCCAUUCUGUUAUCAUGCCGCAAGGACUUUCAUUUGUGUAACACAACUGCCCCCCCUUUUCCUGUGCCCUCCCCAAAUCUGGGUUGGAGGGUUAGCAAAGCCCCCAAAACAGAUUUGUAGGGUGUGUUAGAAAAGGUGUGAAGGGGACAAGUUUUGUUGUAUAAAUGAAAGACUUUGUGUAGACUUUCUGUGGACAAAACAACUCUGAUGGCUACUGUGUUUUGUGUUCAGUAGCUUUUAUAAAGAAGGUUUCUUUUUAUGUUCUACAAUGUUCCCUCAAUGGGACAUGCAAUACAGAAGUUCAGCUUUUUAAAAAAUGUUCUUUCUUGUUAGAGCUGGCUAAUAAGAUAGGUAGAUAGACAGAUAGACAGACAGAUAGACAGAUAGACAGAUAGACAGAUAGACAGAUGAUAGAUUAUUUACCAGGCAGUUUUCUUAUCAUGUGUUUUUUUCCCCUAGUAUUCUGCUGUGCUUGCUAUAUUUUAUAUGAAAAUGUCAUUUAUAAAUAUUUGAAUAUAAAUAAAUACAUUGAUGGGGACUGCCCAUGUGAGCAAUGAAGCUUUGGAAAGAAAUACUCAUAGAACAUGGCAGUAACCUUUUUCCCCACAAGCAAGGACCAAACGAACCUGAAAUCAUUUCCCCAACAAGAAACUGCUGCAAUCUAAAGGUACAGGGAGUGUAGAACUUGCAACUGAACAGUUUUGGCAGUUAGAGGAUUGGUGGGUGGGUGGAUGUUUGAGGCCAGAAGGAUGGCAGGGAUGUUGAGACUGACAGAACAGAUUGAAGCACCUUUUUGGGUCUGUGGGAAUAUUCUGGAGGGCCAAAACAAUGGAAGUUUGAAGGGGGGGUUGAACUUUGAUGAUGAGGAAUUGAAAGUGGCAAAGACCUGGGGUGGGACAGGACUGGUGACUGCUGCCAUGCUGAUGGAGGGAUUGGGCACUUAGCAUAUGGAAGGUUAGCAGAUAGGGAUUGGGUGGUGGGGUUAGGGGAACUACUGUUGCUGCUGCCCACCCCUUCUCCAUCAAGCUUGUCGUAAAGGUUGUGAAUGUAGCCCCUUUUCUGCUGAGUGGGGUGUUAUUCUUACCUCCUCCUCAUACGGGCUCAGAGAGAUGUGUAGUUGAGAGAAGCUUUGGUAGUGCACUUGCAAAGUGUGCUUUACUGAGAAAGCAAGGGUAUAUAUGUUGUUCUCAUGAGGAGUGUUGCAUCAGUCUUUCAUGAAUUUCCUUUUUCGCUUCCAAUUCAUUGAACAAGGAAGUAUAAUGGAGCACUUUCUUUUGCGUCUGGUGACUUCCUUUUGUUUUUGAUGGUGCAUGAAGAAUAAUUCACCCUAAACAGGCCCACUGAACCCUAGAGAGGUCCUUGCCCAAAUGUUUUGCUGAUGGUGAUUUUAAGGUUCAUGAAGAAUAACACGCACAAUAAAUAACCCAACUGAGUUAAUACUUCACCUAAUGCUUUCCUUAUAAUAGAAUCACAGAACCAUAAAGUUGGUAGGUGCAUCUAGUCCACCCCCCUGCAAUGCAAGAAUCUCAACUAAACCCUACAAGACAGCUAUCCAACCUCUGCUUAAGAACCUCCAAGGAAGGGGGCCUCCUCUCCAUUGAACUGGCCACCUUAAACAUGCCUACAUUUUUCUGAUGAAGUGAUUGAACACCUAGGGCUCAGUCUGAACAAAGGUGAGGUGCACCUGAAGAUGAGGUGGCAACAUGCCUGCACCAUUUUGUGGUCCUUUGUCUUUUUUCUACUUUCUCAGUUGCAUUCAUUUUAUUACUGAUGCCCACAGCACUUUCUCAAAAUUUCAACUGUGCCCACUGGCUCAAAGAGGUUGGUGACUGAACUAUUGUUAGCACUUGGGUUGGGAAACAUUUCACAGAGUUUGAGUGGGACUAUGAAAGAGAAAUUUCUUGCUAAAAGUUAAAGUUCAUGGAAACACAUCAGAAACAGCACCACUUGUUUUAGCUAAAUAAUUGUGGUAUUUUCCUUUGUGUGUGUACUUUUCUCUGUGGUGAGGGGCAUCAUUAACUGAUAAAAUAAGAACAGACAGUACUGUAUCUGGAAAGCUGCUCUUACACAAAUCUGUUUUUAAAAUGUGUGUGUGUGUGUGAGAGAGAGAGAGAGAGAGAGAGAGAGAGAACCAAACGCCUUCUUGUGGUAUUUUACUACUUCCUUCUUUCAUUUCUAAGUAAAACUGCAUCAAUACUUCGGUAAAUAUGGAACGCUCUAUUAAAACACUUUCAAUGUUUGGAUUGAUCUUAAAUGACUUUGGGUCUGAUAGAUCUUUGUAUCAUUUGAACUGGCUUGUUCUAUGAUUCUAUUCUUUCUUAAAAGGAUACCCGAAUUUGAGGAUUCUUUCCUCCAAGAAAAUAAUGUGAGGGGUGUGUGUGUGUGUGUGUGGGUGGGUGUGUGUGUGUGUGGAUAGAUAGCUAUAUAGAUAUAAUUUGAAAAGGCAAAAGCAAAGCUAAAGGGGUGGUAGUUGGGAUUCUAUGAUUUUCUUAAGCCACUUGAUGCAGUUUCUGAAGUUUCCAUGAGAACUGAAUGAGAAUGAAGUUCAUUUUGUAGUGCAUCUUUGCUGUUCACAGUACACUGUGUGUGCUUUGAUGUUUUCUUAAUUGGUCUUUUCAAGUAUAUUUUACACUUUAUCAGAGAAGCUUAUAAAAUUAGGAAGGCCUGAAAUAAAAAUGCCAAGGAUGGCAGGGAUGAAUUGAGGAUCGAGCUGUCAAUUGAACUGGAGCAGAACUGGUUCCCUUCUGCAGGGGGUGAACUUCAACUUGAACUAAUUCCUUUUUGGAGUGAGUGAACUUGAAUUGGAACAUUUUUUUAAAAAAUGAACUUUUGGUGUAUUUUAGGAAGUAAAGCAUACUGUGUUUAGUGGGGUGAUUCCUAGGAAAAUGUAUGUUGCAAUAGAUACAUAAAUGGCUUUGAACACAAAUAUUUGAAGAUGUUCCUCUUCCUUUAUCAACUUGCCUAUGCUUUGAGAGAGUCGCGGGAGGUCCUUCCCCAUGUCCCAUCAUUAGGGAAAGCACACAUAUACAAAGGAGACAAUAUUCUCUGCGUUGGUGCCCCAAUUGUGGAAUGCUCUCCAAGAGUGGUAUGCCUGGUGCUGGCACUAUAUUCUUCCCACUGCUGGGUUAAAACCUUUUUAUUUACCCAGGCAUUGAGAAUUAUGGUGUAUUUAAGCUGGUUGAAUAGUUUUAUUCCUCUUAGUUUUGUUGCAUUGCUGUUGGUUAUGUUUUACAUUUUAUUUCCUAUGCAUUCUGCCCUGAAACCAAUUUUUAGGUGAAGGUACAGUACAGUGGUACCUCGGGUUAAGUCUUAAUUCAUUCCGGAGGUCCGUACUUAACCUGAAACUGUUCUUAACCUGAAGCACCACUUUAGUUAGUGGGGCCUCCUGCUGCUGCCGCGCCGCUAGAGCCUGAUUUCUGUUCUUAUCCUGAAGCAAAGUUCUUAACCUGAAGCACUAUUUCUGGUUUAGUGGAGUCUGUAACCUGAAGCGUAUGUAACCCCAGGUACCACUGUAUAUACCUUUCAAACACACACACACAAAUAAAUAAAUAAUAGCUGGUGUGGUUUUUCUCAGAUAUCAGAAAUGUGCUUUUUAGUUGAAAAGGCUCCCCGCUCCCCGCCCCCGUUGAUAAAACAGCCUGUCUGCUGUUUAAGCUUUCAAACUUACUACUAAGCACAAUUUUGGUCCUUUGGAGAUUUUCUGUCUGAUUACUGUACGCAUGUGAACUUAUCGGAGAUCACUGAUGUUUCCUUUGUCUUCUCAAAUUUCUUACUUCGGAUAGAACCAUCUAGAAUGAGCCACCCUGCUGCCUCUUGUCCUUAGCUGCUUGGAGCAAGUUGCAUCUAUAUAGUCUUUAGAAUGAGGCUACCAGAUUUUUUUCAAAGAUUCUGGGGACACUUUUUUUUUUUUGAAAAGAGAAAAAAAGUUAUUUUAAAAAAGCUAUUUAAAAUAAUAAUAAUUAAGAAGUAAUAUCUUCUCUUCUGUGGUCUCGUCUGUCACCCGGCCUUCCUCUGGGCCCUGGCCUGCUCUCUUGGAGCGCUAGUUGCCAUGGAGUAGGCUCGGGUCGGGCCUGGGCUCAGCCAUGUGUCCUUGCCCUCCUGGUGCUCUCCUACCUCUCCUCCUCAGUGGGGGCGGUGGCAGUGGUGCGGCAAGGUCAGGGCUCCUUCUACUCUCCUCCUUAUCCCUGCUUCGGCUCUGGAGUUUCCCUGGCCCCGGAGUGCCACUGGGCAAUCUGACUGGGUGCUCUUGUUCCCAGCUCGAUUUGGAUCACGGGUGUGUGUGUCAGCGGUUCCCCCAGUUGACGCGCUGGGCGUCCCUGGUUCCCCUUGGCAGUGGCAGUGGCAGCAGCAGUCUCAGCAGCUCAGAGCCAGUCUGAAAGCACAGUUGGCUCUGGCUGGCUUCAGGAGCUGCUCGCUGCCAUGGCACCCGCCAUUUUGCCUCACCGGAAGUCCCCAUAUGAUGUGUCUUGUGCCGUUGAACCAAUCACACAACAUUCAUUCCCUGCCAAUAAAUCUACAACACUUAGAAUAUAAAUCCGGGGACAUUAAAUGAAAUCCGGGGACAUUCCAGGGAUGGAUUUUGUCUGGGGAUAGAUUUGUAAAUCCAGGGACUGUCACCAGGAAACGGGGACAUCUGGUAAGCAUACUUUAGAAUUUCUUCCACCCCGUUUCUGCUUUCUUAGGCUAAUCAAUGAGGUUUUCAUCCUAUACAUUCUAUUAAAACAGCAUUCACUUAUGUUGUUGAGUUUGUUCGUCUGUGUGUACAGCAAACCAUGCUUGCAGUUGACCACUAGGCACAGGGAGGCAUGUGGGUGGGUGUGGAGAUCACACAGGGUCCCCGGACGUUUAACGGUCUAUUGAUCCCUGUGCCACCACUGUGCUCGCUUCUCCGCUGCCACCAACCCGUUACUCUCUGGUAAAACACUGAGUCCAGACAGUUGUUAAAAGUGAACCAAAAAACCAAAUUUAUUUUACAAACAUUAACAAGUUUAUGGUUUGUUAGAUAAUAUUCCUGUCAGUAUCUUAACUUUAGUUUCUUUAUCAGCCUAUACCUUCCUAAUACCUUCUGACUGAUUAUCUCAACUGUUUGACUGACUCCUCUUAACAAAUUUUCUCACUCUCUCACACCAGACUAGCCCAGCCCACAGACUUAUCUUCUCUGUCUCUUGUAACUCCAGACUGUCUUCUCAACCACCCUAACUCUAACUCUCUCACUCCAAAAAAACCUCUGUGCUAAAACCUUAUACACAGUUAACUCUGCCCCUUGGGUUCCCAUUGCUUAGUCAUUUUACAAUUAGUUAACCCUGUCCUAAGGAGGUAAAGUCAGUUAUGAUUCAUUGGGCUAAAGAUUUUGGGUAUAAUAUACAGCUGAAUGAUUGGGAAAAACUAUGGAAAGAAGGUUUAAAGUUCACUGCAUGCAAUGCCUUAAAAGAAAAUGUGAUGAAAAUGAUGUAUAGAUGGUAUAUUACACCUGUUAAAUUAGCUAAAAUGUAUAAAGUUAGCAACAAAUGUUGGAAAUGUAAAGAAAAAGAAGGAACAUUUUAUCACAUGUGGUGGGAAUGUAAAAAAGUGAAAAGCUUCUGGGAAAUGAUAUAUAAUGAGAUGAAAAAAAUGUUGAAAUAUACAUUCAUAAAGAAACCAGAAGCAUUUUUACUGGGCAUGGUAGGAAGUGAUAUAAAUAGAAAAGAAUGUAAGCUGUUUUUAUGUGCAACGACGGCAGCAAGAAUAUUAUUAGCACAAAAAUGGAAGCAAGAAGAAUUACCGACGAAAGAAGAAUGGAGCAUGAAAUUAAUGGACUAUGCAGAAUUAGACAAACUAACAGGAAGGAUUCGAAAUCUGCGGGACCAGAAAUUCACAGAAGACUGGUGUAAAUUUACAGACUAUUUGAAAAGUAAUAGUGAUGAUCAAACUAUGUUUGUAGGUUUGCAAGAAGUUUUGUGAGGUGAAUUGUUGGAAUUAUUGCAAAAAUAGAUAAAGGGGAGGAUGAUUAGUUAAAAUAAUUAAAGGCAAUAUGAAUUUAAGAAAUGCAUAAGAAGUGGUCAAAACGGGGGAUCAUCAGAGGUGCUGAUGGGAGUCCAUAAAAAGAUUGUUCAAGUGGUUAAGUUUUGUGGUAUGUAUCAUAAUUCAUAUGUUAAAAUUAAUAAAAAUUAUUAUAAAAAAUAGUUAACCCUUUCCUUAUGAACCCAGUAUCAUGUCACACACCUAGGAGGGCAAACGCCACAGUGGGGAGUAAUGACAGGCAGCGUUAAUGUAGGGUAUAACAAGGCCACAACUUUAUUGGUAACGGGAACAUUGGGGCAUGGCGUGACAUAAGGAUCUGUCUCCUCUAUGCCUGGGCAGCCUGACUGCUGGCCUAAUCUCCUUCCCAGCUUGCCUGCUGGGUAACCCAUAGGAAUUGCCAACAGGAGGUUCCCUCCACAACACAGACUGAUCCGGUGGGUCCCACAGCAACUUAGAUGUGUGGAAUCCAGUCGCUGUUCCCCUGACUGGAGCUAGGGACUUGCUAUGGCACAGCUAAUAUCCCUUCUGAGAAUCCCUCUUAAGUUAUGGAUCCUACCAAAUGCCUUCCCCUACUAAGCUGUGACAGGGGCACUGGGAUACCUAAGAAACUCCAUGGCUGAGUUGUUCAAGAUAUAUUUCCAGUUCAGGUUCUUCAGAGGACUUAUAUUUGACACCCAUAGCCACUUAGUAAAAAAAGAAGCCUAAUCUAUGCAACUUUUAAGAUCUGUGAGAACAGAUUAUAAUUAUCUCACUAUUUGCAAAUAUUUCCUAUAGUCAUUUCCUCUAGAUUUUCAUUUUUGAUACAAAGCUAUUCAGUAGUAAAGAUCAGUCCUAGAAAAGUACUGCUGUGGUUUAUAUUGGUAAUAAUUUGAUCAAGCACUAUAUUUCCAGGUAUGGGGUUGAGCGUUAAGUCCUCUGCUGCUGUUCUGCUCUGCAUCCUCCUGCGGGUUUCUCAGUCAUGGGCACCAUGUAAGUUAAAAUCUGACAAAAUGAAAUUUUAGCACAAAUACCAGUAUUAACAACUCAGUAUUAGCAACCAUUCACUUUAUAAUGUACAAAAAUUACAAAGACUUGAAUGAAAUUUAGAGCUAAAUCAAUUGUAAAGGUUUAUUUGAACCAAGUCUUUGUACCACUAAAUGUCAGAGGCAAAAUUCAUAAUGUUCGGUAUAAAGUAAGCUCAAACAGUAUAGUAUAUGUUGCAACUUUCAGGACAGAACACAAUAGUUAUGCAAUAGUUACAUAAGGUGAAGAUCUCAUUACAACUACAGAGAUCUGUAACAUGCAACAAAGAUUUUUCUUUAAAAAUGUUGAAUAAAUUAAGUGUUUUCUUAUUACAGUGGUACCUCGGGUUAAGUACUUAAUUCGUUCCGGAGGUCUGUUCUUAACCUGAAACUGUUCUUAACCUGAAGCAAGCACCACUUUAGCUAAUAGGGCCUCCUGCUGCCACCGCACCGCUGGAGCACAAUUUCUGUUCUCAUCCUGAAGCAAAGUUCUUAACCUGAAGCACUAUUUCUGGGUUAGCAGAGUCUGUAACCUGAAGCGUAUGUAACCUGAAGCAUAUGUAACCUGAGGUACCACUCUACUUGGUUUGGGGGUGGGAUUUCUUAAUAUUUUUUUUUUGCAUUAAAAAUUCUAAGCAGCAUUACUUAUAACUAAAAGCCAUAGGAAUGUGUGUCUUUUGUUUUCUGGAAGUAGUUCAAUAAAUGUAAUUUAAUGUUAUAUCCAUGGUCUGGUUAUUCUUUUUUAUUUUAAAUGAAUUCUAGAGAAGAACAACAACCUACCAUUUAAAAAUCACGAUUAUGAUGGGAAAUAAUGAUCUGCUAGUUAAUACUGUACAAAAUUACAUGGAUUCCUCCCCAACCCAUGCUUUUCAUCUGCAGUGUGGGAUUUUUUGCCAUUCUUCCUUUCCCAUUCAGUCUUAUUCACUUUGUUUUCAAGGUCUAUACCCCAUCAAUCAAUUUAAUGGUUCUGAAGACGUCUUAGCAGGUAACGAUACAAAAACAGAGCUCUCAAAUAUAUUCACACACAACCUAGAAACCCUCCUCUUAAUCUCCAUGCUUCAGCAGAAUAGGCUUCUCUUUGGUGUUGCCAUUUUAGGACAACUCGCACUUGGACCUAAGCAUUCAUUCUAGCAGGGACAGGGAGGAAUAAUCUCUCAGCAGAAAAUGCUUGGACCUUCUUAUUGUAUUAAGCAAUAUCAACCUUGAGCUGUCGAAUAAUAUUGUGUGAAAAUGUUACAUCAAUGGCACUAAAUACCUUGGAAGUCCCUCAAGGCUAGAGAAAGAGGAGCAUGGAAAGUGCAGUGCCAAAAAAGGAGACCUUUUCUGCUGUGGUGGGAAUGAAAUAAAGCAAAGAGCUUUUGGCAAAUGGUAAUUACUAUACCUAGUGAAGUACAUGACCCUUUUCUGGAUGGUCUGAUGUAUGCAAGUUGUCCAGUAUAUGCACUUAAGCUUGCUUGGUUAUUUUCUAGCGUUAUACGAUAAAUCCAAGCCCAAAGUUUCUCCUUUUUAGUACUGAGAGGUGCAGCAGAAACAUGUAGAUCUAACUUGGAUGAGACUGAUAGCUGUUUAUUUUGAAGAUCUAACUUGGAUGAGACUGAUAGCCGUUUAUUUUGCAGAUUAUUUUAAACAAUUACAACCUUUCAUCUUUGCUAGAUGGUUGCCCAGAAUACGAAAUACAGAAUGUCAAUGGUAAGAGGAUGGAGAUUUCAUGGCAUGCAAAAAAAAAUUUUCCAGGCAGGAACAUGACGAUGUCUUAUAAGUAAGUACUGGCAAACAGACUUUCUUUGGAUUUCUAGGUUUGAAUGCUGGGAAUUUUCAAACAAAUUGGUCUAUAAAUGCACCCCCCCUUUCCCCUUUCCUUUCACACCCUUUUAUCCAAAGGAACUAAAGCAUGAUAUAGACAAGAUCUUAUAUUUAUAUUCUGAACUCAAGCUGGUGAGAAUAUUGAUCUGGCUUCCUUCUUAUUGCACAUAUUCACUGUCCAUUCCAUAUUGUCUGGAGGCCACAAAUAGCUUUUCUGUUUGGUUGUUGGGAGAAAGCUGUAUCCUCAACACUUUUAAAAACCUACAACCUAUGGCCAAUUCUAAAUGUGACUGUUGGUUUCACUGGACUUUCUUGUAGCAUGUGAGGCUCAGUGUAAUAUGCUCAAACCAUCUUGCUCCGGUGAGUAACCGGGCCACUGAAUUCUGCACCAGCUGAAGUUUCCGAACUGUCUCCAGAGGCAGCCCUAUGUAUUACGCAUUGCAGCAAUCUAACCUUGAGGUUACCAGAGCAUAGACAACAGUAGUUAGGCUAUCCCUGUCCAGACAGGAGCAUAACUGGGCCACCAGCCAAAGCAGAUGGAAGGCACUCUGGACCACUGAGGCCACCUGAGCCUCGAGCAACAACAAAGGAUCCAGGAGUGCCCCCAAGCUAUGAACCUGCUCCUUGAGAGGAAGUGUAACCCCAUCAACAGCAGGCGACCUCCCACCCAUCCAGUCUAGGGAACAACCCACUAACAGUGCCUCAAUCUUAUCUGGACUGAGUUUCAGUUUGUUGGCUCUCAGUCCAUUACUGAGGCAAGACACUGGUCCAGCACUUCCACUGCCUCACCUGCGGAUGUAAAGGAGAAAUAGAGCUGAAUGUCAUCAGUAUACUGCUGACAACAUACUCCAAACCUUCAGAUAACCUCACCCAGCAGUUUCGAGUACAGUAGAUGUUAAACAAUUUAGGGGAUAAGAUUGAGCCCUGAGGAACCCCACAUUGAAGGUUCCAUGGGGCUGAAAAGCAUCCCCCAAGCAACAACUUCUGGGAAUGACCAUUCAAGUAGGACUGGAACCACCACAAAAUGGUGCCACCCACCACUAAUUUGGACAGUCACUCCAGAAGGAUAGUCGGUGGUAUCUAAAGCCACUGAGUGGAAUAUAGAGCCUCCAGACAGUGCAAAAAGUACAAGAAUAAAUGGGCGAGUUGCUGGAACAUGUCACACACAACACCCCUCUCUCCUGGCUGGUGGGGUUUUUCUUUUUUUAAAAAAAUAAUAAUAUUUAUUGAUAAUUUCAAAAUUACAAGAAAAAUAAAAAAUAAAAAACAACACUACAAUACAAAAAAAGAAAAAAGAAAAAGAAGACAUUAAAAAAAAGAGAAAAGCACAAAAUGUGAAAACCAAUAUGACAAUACAGCAAUAAAAUAAAUAAAAAAGAAGAAAAAAAAGAAAAAACCGCAAAUCCCAAAUUGCAUAUCCAUAAUUUCCAUUUGCUUGUUUCAUUGACCUCCUCACACCUCCGUUUUUGUAUUCUAGUUUAGUAAUUAUUUCAGCAAAUUCUUUCCAUCUUUCUCAAUUUUUGUUAUAAAAUUUAUCUUAACAAUUUAACCUAAUAAUUAACUCAACAAAUCCUUACCAUCUUUCCCCAUAUUCUAUUAUUCAGAUUACCUUAAUUUAUUUAACCUUAUCUUACCCCUAAGUGCCUUAAGAUUUAAAUCUUAAAUUUCAAAUAUACAUAACUCCUAAUAUCAUUUCUGCUAGAGUCGUAUAGUUUCAUUCCCACAUUUUCCCUAAUAUUCAUUAGCUGAUUCUAAAAUAAAAAGUUUCCAUUAUAAAUUCUCUUCCAAUCAUCAUCCAGCGUCUCUUCUUCCUGGUCUCGGGUCAUGUCAGUCCUUAUUGUCCAUUCCGUCUAGUCCAUCAACCUGGAAGCCUUAUGUCCGAGGCCCUUAAAUCUCUUCCAUGUCCCUUCUGCAAUUCUUCUUCAUCUUGUUUGUGCUUGCCCUUUUCCUUGUCUCUUGUUGGUCUCUGUCUUAGUUUCUUUCCUUUCUCAUUGAGGAGUAGGUCUCUGGGGAUUCCAACCCAAAAUUGUCUCCAUCACCCUUCAUCCAGCUCACCCAUUCCCUACAGUCCCACUCCCCACAGUCCUCGAUAUAAUCCAAAAUGAAUUUAAAAUCAAAUUUCAAGAUCUCUCCAAAGCUAGGAAUCUCCUCAUCUCCAGACUCCCUUGGCCCACUCCAGCUUCAAUCUUCAAUAACAGCGGCUUAUGCUCCUGUAGGGCCUCGGGUCUCUCCAUUUGUACUAUUUGGGGUGCAGCCACAUCCUCCUCCAUUGUCAACUGCACUUGCCCAGUCGGUACAGAUUGAUAGGUUGGUUCUUGGAUGAUUUCUGUAUCAAUGUUAUUAGCCACAACAGUCAAAUCCAUUUUCUCAUUCAUCAAAUCCAUCUUUUCAUGCAUCUGUUCCAGCAGAGCAUUUGUCUUGCAUAGAGCAAGCAGCCAGUCUUUCUCCCAGCUCAUCUUUGUUCAAGGUCGGAAAAGACUGUUCCCACAGUCUUAAUCUCACAGAUGUUGGGUCUCAAAUAUGCUGCAACAACAAUUUAGCAAGCUCCCUCUAGAGGAGACAAUCUACUUGUAUCCAUUUUUUUUUAAAGACAAAGGAAAGUUACUUUCAUUUUUCAGAUAUUUCAGACAUUUUUCAGAUAUUUUGUUUCUUUAGGAUGCAAAAGGCAACAUUAGAAUCAACUUGUUUCUCUUCAUUAGCUAUCUGUCAAAGUAUUACGUUCACAGUCAAUGAACCUCAGCAACAGUUUCUGUCUCUGACACCCCGUUCCCAGGUUAGAGACGGUGGAAACUUAUCCUUCUUCACUCCCUCUCCUGCUAGGGUUAAACAGAGUCCCCCCCCCCUUUUCUCCUGCUUCCAAGGGGGGUUUCAGUGGUUCUAAAUGAAGGAAAUUUAGUCCUUUUUUAACAGCUUCCCGGCUUUAGCUUGCAAAAUUUUUGCUUUAGUCUAUAUACAAAAAAGCGGAAGGCGGACUUCCUGUUUACACCUUCCCGCUUCGGUACCAAAUUAAAGCAAUUUCUUGAUCCAAUUUUCCAUUUCUACUCACGGGUACUUGGUUUAAGUCCAAUUGUCCACAGGAAAAAGUCAGCGCUCUCUGGCAAUGGCUGUGCGGCUUCACUCCGUGAAAGUAGCAGUCAGUUCGUAGCACCGCGCUUCUCACCCCACUUCGCUCCGGAGCCCCUAGAUGGGAUUCCCCGCGAGUAGGGGCGCUUCUGGUGCCCUGCCGAACCCCACGUUCCCAGGCUUCCUCCGCCUGGGAUUUCUAGCGGGUCCCCACCUUCGCCGCGGCGGGAAGACCCAGUUUUCACGGAGCCCGUUCCUCCGGUCGGAGGAACUCCGCCAUUCACCAAUGGCGCUGACCUGGAAGUCUCGGGCUUUUCAUGCUCUCUGGCAAGCUGCCCGCUGAAGCUGCAGAACCAGCAGAGUAAGGCUAUCUUGGAACAGGCAAGACUUCUUGCAGUAACCUUGAUAUUCACUCUUCUUGCUCUAGAUGUCAGCACUGUCUUUUGAUAACUUAGCGGCAGAUGAGCCCUGUUACUAUAGAAGACAAGCAUCACUGUGCUGGCUGAACUCUCAGAAUUGUAAAUAUCCAAAACAAUAACUUUAUUUAUUUUAAACUGUGAACUGUUGUAGAGUGAAGCUGUUAGUAUUGAAGUGGUGGAAAUUAAAUAGAUGGUCAAAACCAGUAUAGUUGGAAAUCAUGUUGUCCCUACCUCAAAGGAACAAUACAUGACUUGUAGUUGUCAAAUCCUGUCAAUUGCCUUGCUUUUUGGAAAAAGUGUUUCAAGUGAGGCCAACUAAACACUACUACAUUCUAUUAUUAAAAUAAAAUAAAAUAAAAUAAAAUAAAAUAAAAGUAUCUUACAUUUAAUGAACAGGACCUGAUAGAACAGGAAUCCCCUCUAGAGUGCAGAGGGCUAGGCAAGGAUUAUCCCCUUUAAAGCAUUUCCAAAUAUCCUGAUUAUCAAUGGAAAAGAUUUUUGCCAUCUUAUUGAGUAUGAUUAUUUCAAUUGCAGGUUUGAUGAACAAGAAGAGAAGCAGUGCAUUGAAUAUUUGCAUGACCAAGGAUACAACAGUGGGUGUCUGUUUCCUACUGAAGGGAAAUAUCUGCACAUUUACAUUAGGAAUCCAAAUCAGACAGAGGAAGGUUACUUUGAUGAACAAGAGAGCAGCAAUUUGUGUAAGUUAACAACUAUUCUCACUCUGGCAGUAACCUUUUCAGGUGUCAGUGUCUGGCUAGGAUUACAAAAGAAAGAAAAGGGGAAGCAACAGCAAUUUGACUUCUUCAAAUUCUGCUUAGUAAAUAUCUGUGUAAUUAUUAUUAUUAUUAUUAUUAUUAUUAUUAUUAUUAAUGGGACGUGGGUGGCGGUGUGGUCUAAACCACAGCCUCUUGGGCUUGCCGAUCAGAAGGUCGGCUGUUCAAAUCCCCGCGACGGGGUGAGCUCCCGAUGCUCUGUCUCAGCUCCUGCCACCCUAGCAGUUUGAAAGCACACCAGUGAAAGUAAAUAAAUAGGUACUGCUGUGGCGGGAAGGUAAUCGGAAUUUCUGUGUGCUCUGGCUUCCAUCGCGGUGUUCCGUUGUGCCAGACGUGGUUUAGUCAUGCUGGCCACAUAAUCCAGAAAGCUGUCUGUGGACAAACGCCGGCUCCCUUGGCCUGAAAGUGAGAUGAGCGCCGCAACCCCAUAGUCACCUUUGACUGGACUUAACCAUGCAGGGGUCCUUUACUUCUUCUUCUUCUUCUUCUUCUUCUUCUUCUUCUUCUUCUUCUUCUUCUUCUUCUUUCCCCAAUGCUGCCUAAUUUCAUUUUUUUACCAUUUUUGAUGCCAUUUAUAUGCAGUAGUACUUUGUAUUUUACAGUACGGAGAGCUGUUCUGCUGUUUCUACCUUUCCACAUCAAUCUCUGCCUAGGAAUUCAGUGUUGUAGAGGAUUCUGAUUAAUGUUCUAAGGCACACACUCAGUUAACACAGAAUGCUUUGGAGUUUCACUGUGACAAAUAUGACUACCAUAUUGGGAAAAAAAACUAUGACAGGGACAAAGUGUCUUUCUAAGAACCUUGUGUUCUCUCACUCAUCUUUUCAAUGAGGGACUGCCUUUCAUGCUUUCAAAGAACCCAGGAAUCAGUUUAUAACUAUCACACACAACAGCAUUUGAUUCUCAGUAUGCAGUAGUUUUUGCUAUCUGACUGCAUAUAAAAGUGUUCUUGCCACAUAUUCAACCUUACGGCAACAACAUGCCAUAGCAGUUAUUAGUUGACUGAUAGCUUAUGUGAUUUCAUAUUUUGUUGUUAUUUGAGCAGGCUUCAGUCAUGAGAUGCUAACAAGUCCAAUGUGUUCAAUUAAAACAUUUUGUAGCUAGACUGUGUAAUUGAGUGUAUUAAUUUUAUCUUCACCAGUGAAGCCCAACCCACCCGAACACGUUACUUUCCAAUGGGCAGAUGACAAAGUAACUGUGCAGUGCAAGGGAGUUGACAAGGAACAUUGUUUUCGCUUUGAACUUCAGUACAAAAGCCAACUUGACAAAGAUUGGCAGGUGGGUAGAUAAGUGCAGCUUUGCGUUGCAGAAUGGAAAUCUGGAAAGGGACUUUUUCCUUUGCAGUGCAGAAAUAAAUGUGGGUGUUUUUUGUUAGGAGUUUUCCACCACAUCAACAUAGUCUUGAAUCAAUGAAUUUGAAAUUCAUCAUCUUGGGUUGCCAGCAGCAAGAAAGAAGGCCUUGAAGCCUGGCAAAGCUGAGAUGUCCAGAAUUGUAAAUGGACCGCUGAGGCCCACCUGUGGAAAGUGUUCUGAUUAUUGUGCAGAACAAAUCUCCUGCAUUUGCAGCUUGGAACUUAUGCAAGACACAGGAUGCAGGGAAAACAAUUAUCUGAGCAUGGACAGACUCUCCAAGUGUCCCUAUUUUCCAGGGACAGGCCCAGAUUUACAGAAGCCGUCACGGUUUCUGAUUAGAUCCUGGACAUCCCUAUUUUCACUGGAGAAAUGUUGGAGGGUAUGGAGUUAUGUGACUCCUGAUCCAAUAAGAUACAACCUUUAGAAGACAUCUGAAGGCAGCCCUGUACAGUGGUACCUCGGGUUACAUACGCUUCAGGUUACAGACUCCGCUAACCCAGAAAUAGUACCUUAAGAACUUUGCUUCAGGAUAAGAACAGAAACUGUGCUCCAGCGGCGUGGCGGCAGCAGGAGGCCCCAUUAGCUAAAGUGGUGCUUCAGGUUAAGAACAGUUUCAGGUUAAGAACAGACCUCUGGAAUGAAUUAAGUACUUAACCCGAGGCACCAUUGUAUAGGGAAGUUUUUUAAUGUUUAAUGUUUUAAUAUGUUUUUAUAUCUGUUGGAAGCCACCCAGAGUGCCUGGGGCAACCCAGUCAGACGGGUGGGGUAUAAAUAACAAAAAUUCUCAUUGGAGAAAUGUUGGCGGUUAUGUAAUGACAUCACAGUGCACUCUAAAUUGAUUGCCAGUGGACUGUUGCUCACAUCCCCCUCAUCUGUGUAUUUUGACACACAGUCCCAAUUAUCUGAGUGGAACUUAAUUUCACAAACUGCGUUUUAGUAGCUGUGUUUAGGCAACUAAAGAUCUGAUAAUUCCUUGGGGACUUUAUAUGCAAGAAAGCUGGGGAAAUCUCUGAGUUGCUACUUCAUUGUUCUAAUUCAUAUGUUGAUUACUUCCUCAUGGUGUACAAGCUUCUUUCUUUCAAAGCAUUGCCAGAGUAAUGAACUAAGGGUUGUAUCAAACUAAGUUCGUCAUGUCUAUUGAUUUCAAUGGGUCUACUCUGUGCAAGGCAAGCAUAGGAUAUAACCCUGAGAUAAGAAAUGAAGAGAAAAAUAAAGAACAAAAUAUGAUACAAAGGGAGGUAAGAUUAAAACCUAAUGCUUUGUUCUUCAAAAACAGAAAUGUGGAACUUCCAAGUGAUCUACUAUAUUGGAUUUUAAAGAAAACUCUCAGUAGUCUAUGAUUCAAUAUAUAGUGUUUAGAAUUGUGGUGCAAACAAUUAAGCUACAAGUGAGUUCCAAAGUCUGAAGAAACAACUCUUUUCCUAGUACUGAUAUUAGGCCCUGAAAGACAGUCUUUAUUGAAAACCAAAAUAUUCCAAAAGCCUGUUAGAAUAGCCUAGAAAAUAUACAAUGACCAAAAUUAUUAUUGACUGAUACUCUUGCUGUUCAGUCUAGGGACCAAGAAUGUUGUGAGAUUAAAGACCAAGGAUUUGAUCCAGCGAAAUGCUAUUCCUUUCGAUUCAGGCUGAAUCACAGUUGCAGUGUGUUUGCUUAUUCCAGUGAAUGGGGAGCAGAAACACAUUGGAAAAAUGGCAGCUCCGUAGGUAAAAAUAAAAUAAAAUGCACUGCUACUGUAAAUCUUCUUUCUGAAACUUCUAUUUCUAGAUACAGUGGUGCCUCGCAAGACGAAAUUAAUCCGUUCUGCGAGUCUCUUCGUCUUGCGGUUUUUUCAUCUUGUGAAGCACGGCUAUUAGCGGCUUAGCGGCUAUUAGCGGCUUAGCGGCUAUUAACGGCUUAGCAGCUUAGCGGCUUUAAGAAAAAGGAAACAAACUCGCAAUAACUCGCAAGACGUUUCGUCUUGCAAAGCAAGCCCAUAGGGAAAUUCGUCUUGCGGAACGACUCAAAAAACGGAAAACUCUUUCGUCUAGCGAGUUUUUCGUCUUGCGAGGCAUUCGUCUUGCGGGGCACCACUGUAAUGCUAACAUGCAGACCUACUUCUUGUCAUUUAUUUAGUGCUGUCUUAUAUACAGGGUGCCCCCAGACUGCCACUCUUCUGCAGUACGGAUUCAAGCAUAUAAGUUUUAGGUUUGCACAAUUAAAGUUUAUUAUUAUUAUUAUUAUUAUUAUUAUUAUUAUUAUUAUAUUUAUACUCCGCAUUCUGUCACCAUAACACAACAAAUCCACUAUUUUAUUUGAUUUUAAAUUGUUUAAGAACCAACAACUAACCCUCCCCUGCCCUGCUGUCAUAUCGCCCCACUCCCAAAUUAGCAGUGAUUACAGGGCAAUGACAAAAUCCCUUCAAUGAUUCUUUCCAGGCACUGAGGAGUCUGGGAAAUGUAGUUCUCCACUGGAAAGUUGCCAUUGCAGUAUUCUAGGGGCUGGGAGGUUUUGCACAGACAACUCCAGCGAAAUCAUGCCAUUGUAUUGCUACCUUACCAUUUCAGGGUGCGUUUUGGGGAAGGGCGUCAGAAGUGGGGCAUGCUUUAGGGCAGUUGAGGGAAAACUUUGAUUCAUCACAUAUUGUGGAACUACAAUCUCCCUCAACCCCAGUAAGUGACUAUAAAAGUCAAGAUCCAAACUGAGCAGAGUUCUCCCAUAACGGUCCCAAGCCAUAUUUCCAAAUGCUGCAGCACUGAGGGUGAUUAGUCAACACAGUGACACCCCAGUGGUCCAUUUCACAACUGGGAAACAGCAGAGAAUUGGACACAGGACUUUAAAUGAAUUUCAGUUGAUAUUCUCUUCAGACAACAUUUUGUUAUAAUAUAUUCCUUUAAAAGCAUUCAUUAGCAGGCAUCAGCACAUGUACAUGACACCAUAUUUCCUAUUCCAGUAUAGUCACACUUUCUGUUGGAACGAAGAAGGUUAGUUAUAUAAAUGACAAUAUAAAGAGCUAAAUGACAAUAUAAAGAGCUAAUUUUUAUUCACAAAGCAGAAAAAUCUCAUACCGGUAUUCUUGUAUUAUUUCAUCCUAGCAGAAGGGUACUUCAGUGGACAACACAAAAUUCCACAUUAUUGUGAAAUGUAGAAGCUUAAAAGAAUGGUGGCCUAAAGAUUAAUAGUAUAUAUUAUUCCAUUUUUUAAUAAUUGCUUUUCGAAAGAAAGAGUUGGCCAAAAUAUGCUUUAAAGAAUCUGAUGUUUCUUUUAUCAAAUAUACUGGAAAACACUUUGAACUUUUUUCUUUUUGUGAUUCCUCAAAGAUUCCUGUGAUAUAGAUGUCUCUGAACCCAAAUCAAUUACAGUAAUCCCUUUGACUUUGGUGAUGGCUGGCGUCCUGGUAAUAUUUGCCCUUCUGUUGUGCGUUUGCAGAUGGGAAAGGUAAAUGCUGCUUUGUGCACCCUUGAUCAAAAUGAUCAAAAUGACAGAACAAUAUUUGUGGCGGGAAGGCCUACACAUUUCAGGGAUCUAAUGGGUACAGUGUGCAUUUUGAGAAAGGAUGAACUGCACCUAUCCAUUGGAUCUUGGCUGGUGGAGAUGAGGAUGAUUCCCCCCCCCCCCGGGAAUUUUACUCCCAUAUUACAGAUUAUGGGAUGGAAUGUUUGGAAUUUGCUAUAUAUAGUAUAUGAUGUGGGUCUUCCAGGUUUAUAAUUUUGAGAAUGGUAGAGAACGAAUGCAUGGGAUCUGAGUCAGACUGGGGCCAACUAUGUCUUCAGGAUUUACACAAAUAUCCCAGAGAAGCUGUGUGAAGUUUUUUGCGUGUAGGUAAGAAUGAACAGAUUGGAUAGGCAGGAGCUGAGCCUGAAGGCAAAGAAAGGGGCAUCGACAAAGGGUGGAACGCUAGAGAAGAUUCAAAGGAAGCCCUCUGGCCAACAAGUAACAUAAUAGUCACAAGGUGGUACAGGAAGUUUAUGUAAAGUCUUCUAGCCAAUCAGAAUAUGGAGUGGCUUCCCUUCACUCAUCCUGGAUAAAAUUAAGGAUUGGGCUCAUUAAAGAAUGCAUGAGGAGCAUCGUGAAACCAUCUUGGCUCGCCCCACCACCAAUAGUUGGAGAAGGCAUGCCUCCACACUUUGGCCAAUGUGUGAAGGGGCUUUGUGCGAAUACUGAUGUGGUGCUUAGAGUCCUUUCACAUGCCAGCCAGUCGGGGCAUUGCAGCUGCAUGUGUUGGGGGAGAGAUAGAUAGAUAAACUUUAUUCGCACUAGCCAACAGCCAUAGCAAUAUAAAACAAGCAAUAUAUACAAAUAAAAAAGAGGGCAAUCAAAUGACCAAGAUUAUAGUUCAGAUAGUGGCCCUUAAUCUCACUGCACCCUCGAUAAACCUAGCAACCUUUGCUGUUGUCUGAUCAUUUUGAUCUGAUAAAAGAAAGAACAAUGCGGCCUCAGAUGGGCGGCCUCAGAUGGUAAGUAAGAGUGGGGUAAUGAUUUCAUUCCUCAGAUAAAGGGGACAGGACAGGAGAACAUGAGCCACUGUUUCCUGUUGGGGGAGAGGCAAGCAAUCCCUGGCAUCUCCAGGUAGGUAUGAGAGACUUCCCAUCCAGAACCCUGGAGAGCGACUGACAGUCAGUAUGAAUAAUGCUGAACUAGUUGGCUCAAAGGCCUGACUCAGUUUAAGGUGGCUGACUAUAGUCCUAAUUGUAACCACCCUUGCACAUCUUUUUAACAUGCUGUAUGGGUGCGUGUAUAGGGACGCGGGUGGCGCUGUGGGUUAAACCACAGAGCCUAGGGCUUGCCGAUCAGAAGGUUGGCGGUUCGAAUCCCCGCGACGGGGUGAGCUCUUGUUGCUCGGUCCCAGCUCCUGCCAACCUUGCAGUUCGAAAGCACAUCAAAGUGCAAGUAGAUAAAUAGGUACUGCUCUGGUGGGAAGGUAAAUGGCAUUUCCGUGUGCUGCUCUGGUUCACCAGAAGUGGCUUAGUCAUGCUAGCCACAUGACCCGGAACCUGUACGCCGGCUCCCUCGGCCAAUAAAGCGAGAUGAGCGCCGCAACCCCAGUCGGUCAGGAUUGAACCUAAUGGUCAGGGGUCCCUUUACCUUUACGGGUGCGUGUAUCUAAAACCCCUCUUUUUAGAACUGCAUUUGCAGUGGAUGUAACUUUUAGCUGUCCAUUCUUCCUUGGCAAGGAAUCAGUGCUCUCUCUGUGCUCUGGAGAAACUCAACAGACUCUGUUUAUCAUAAUAAAUGGACACUUUACUAGUAAGAAAAUAUUACUGAGUAUGAUGAUUUUGUGAUGGAGCCAUAUAAUCAGAUUGUGGUGGAUUCAUAUAUGUGGGGUCCAAAAUCCUGUUCACUUUCAAAGAUGUUUGUCCUGGUCAUGACAAGGGUGAGUGAAAUCCUGAACUUUUGGGCCAAGUUUGUCCCCAACCUGACUUUUUAAGUGUAAGGGAAGUUGCAUGCCUGGUUCUAUGAAAUCCCUUUAAAUGAACUAGGCUCUGACUUCAAGCUCUAAGCCUGGUAUAUUUGUCUUUCAUCAGCUGAAAGGUGCCAUUCCCCAUCCCAUAAUAUGUGCCAUUAAUUUUUAGAAUAAACUAUUAUCCCUUCUUUGUUUUUAAGGACCCUUCAAAUUAUCUGGGGCAUAAAAUGUCUGUUUCUGCUUUUAUUUAAAUGCUGACGAUCAUAUAUUUAAUGUCUACUUUUCGAACACAGCUUUUCUUUUUCUUUUAUGGUUUUUUAUUGUAAUCAUUUAAAUUAUUUCUUCUUUUUUUUACAGAAUUAGGAAGAUGUUAAUGCCUGCUGUACCAGACCCCAAACAUCUAUAUUCUGAUUUGUUCAGCGAUUAUAAUGGGAACUUUCAGGUAGAGCAUCAUAUUUUUUCCAGGUUUCUUUCCCUUGUAUUCUGAUUUUCUUUUUCUCAAACUUAGUUUAAUCCCUCUGAAAUAUGCAUGCAUUCUUGUGUUCCCAGCUGCAAAUUAAGUGAUUUUUAAUACCCCAGAGAAUAUGUGACUAUUGAGAGGAAAGCAAAUCUAGAACCAUGCUUUUAUCUUGCUGCAACAAAGGACUCACAUCUUUAUUAAGCCUAAUAAAGCAACUACCAAUUACCAAAAAAACACUGGAUCAAUAUUUUUCAAGGAAGUCCAAUAUACUUUACGGAUGUUGCAGUUAAAGAUUUAUUUAUUUUUUACAAGAUUUUGUACUUACUCUUUAUAAGUUGCAAAAAAGAAGUAAACAUUACAAAUGUGUAAAGUCACAGAAACUUGAGACAUAUUUAGAGAGGUUGCAAAAAAAAUAUGUUUUGGACUGAGGUGAUAAAAACUGAGAAGAUUUCAGGACAUAAAUUAAGUAUAGACCCCAUAGUCUUACUAGGAAAAUUAAAUGUUGUUAGAAAAGUUAUAGGAAAAUGGUAAGACAUUGGUACCCAAAUACUGGAAUAGAAAACUGCAUCUUGAAAGGAAGAAAAAAUGACAUCUGGUGUAGAAUUUUAAUGCACAAGUAUAAUAUUAUAAGAAACUGUAAUGAAGACUACAGACUAUUGUAGUCAGCCCUCUGGCUUGUGUUAAUGAACUGUAAAGUGGUUUCACAUCAGUUGAUUUUAUCUAGUAAGAAGAAUUUCUGCUUAAACAAAUGAUGAUGUCCACAUUUUUUAAGGAAUGGAUUAGCAAGACAGAAAAUGUGCUGGUUCAAACAAAGGUAAAAUAUGAUGAUGAUGAUAAUGAUGAAGAAGAAUGUGCAAUUGAAGAGGAAGAAGGAAAAGAUUUCCAGGGAGCCAAAGUAUAAGCCAGAGGUAACAUUCUUGAAAUCUGCACAGUUCUCUCCCUCAAAAAGGAGAAGAAAGAACUUCAGGACUCAGGUUUACAUGCAGUUGACUGCUCAUAUGAAGGGCCCAAUUCACAAUGUCACUGUUUGUCCAAUGGUAGGGAGGGCUUAUGGUGCCCCUCCUCUGUACUGUCUCGGCACCUCCUCUGAUUGAAUGUAUGAAAUGGGGCACAGAAUAUGUUCAGGACAUCAUUGUUUUCUCAAUAUUGUUGCAUGCCACCCUAGUCUCCAAAUGUUGUGAGACUCUAGGGGUUCCAGGUGCUUACUCAGGGUUCUGUUUCCUCAAAACCGAAGACUGUUGUUUCUUUAGGAGAUAUUGUAUAUUUACACAUAUGUACAACCUGAACCUACAAUGGAAGGACUCAUAGCAUUAGCACCUCAAGAGGGUCUUGCUACUCCCAUCGCCACAACCUUGGACUGAAGCAGAGAUCAGGCAUGGCUCUGUCUCUCUGGCUUCCCAGCCCUUGCUUCCAGCUUAAAGCUCACAUAGUUCAAUCUCUAACUGUUUUUCUUUCUAACUAACAGACAGUUGUGGGAGGUGGGAGGCACCCAUGUGUACCUUAAUGGUCCAUACUUAGGAGGCCAGUACAUCAUGAGGAAGCUAGCCUGGCUAUUCCAGGAAUUGAAUCCAUGCCAGAUCCAGGAAUUGGAAGGGGGCUCAGGUAUACAGCCUACCUCCCACAAAUGCAUAACACUUUGUUUUCCCCCCCUCCCUGAUGUUAUUAUGGUAGGCAAUCAAGAAGAUACUGAAGGGGUCCAACGUGUACCAGAACUUCAGAGUCAAUGCUUGCUGUACAACCACUGAAGGCAACAUCAACAGGUCGUUCUUGCGAUUUCAACCACCCGACUUUGCUCACAUGCUUAUCUCCGUCCUCCUUCCACCGUGUCCUCUGUGUCAUCUGUGGAUCCUCUGCCAAGAAGACUUCUGAGUGUCAAAUGCGUAUUAAAUAACAGUGAGAAAUGAAGUGGUAGAUGACAUGUAAGUUCGGUAGAUGAUAUGUAAAUAGCCAUUCUAGAGGAUGUUGAAUGAUACUCAUAUCACAAAUGAUAAAAAGAAAUAGCCAAUCAAUGAUACUAACUCAGGGAGACAAUGCAUAACUGUUGCCUGUUCUUUGUUGUUUGACUCACAUUGUUGUUUCAAAAUAAAGAAACAGACAUAUCCUCUUCUUUGGUUAAUAGAAGGCUGCCUCCAUUAUGCAAAGACUGUCACAUACUACAUGUCUAUAGGGUGCACCAAGUUACAAUGAGGAGUGUAAAGUUUACGCAGGGUGUAGAUAUUCAGCCAUGCCUAAAACAUAUCCCUGUGCUACUGAUUCCAGUCCUCAAUGAGCUUUGGAGUAGACUGAUUGGUAUAUUUCUGAGUUCUUCUCUUGUAAAUUCAUCUCAAUACUAAUGAGGUCUGAGAUCUUUGUUUCUCCUAUACUGCACUGAAUGCAAGAAAGCUCUUCCCUUCCCACCCUUCUGCCUUGAAAACUGUGAGAUCUAACUGGUCCCUAAUAUAGAACUGUCCCUCAUGUAGAACUUUAGCCUGUCCAUUGCACUAGCUGGCGUUUCAUCUGGGAACUGGAUAAGCAAGACGAGGCAGAGGGGCCAGUUAACAAUGUGUGGAAUCCAUGUUAGUUUUCUGCAUUACGCCAAAUUAAUGUGUGUACACACAAGCACACCCUUACACAUUACAGACCACUUCACAUGUUCAGCACAUGGGCACAUAAAUUAUGAAGACAGGUCUACCCAGAGAAGGGCAUUAGAGAACAGGCAGUUUAUGUUUAUUUUUUAAUAGUUUUUAUUAAAUUUUUUGUUUUACAAUUUAGAAUACUCAUUUAAACAUCCUUAAAAUAUCAAUGACUUCCCUUCUUCUCUUUCCAUGGUUCAUUUUGCAUAUCAUAAAUCCCUGCAUAUUUUACAUAAACUAAACCAUUCAGUAUUCUAUUAUUACAUCCAUCAAAACCUAUUUACACUAUUGAAUUUAUCUUAAUGCUGCCAACAUUUUCAAGUGUACCCAAUUUCCCCCUAUAUAUUCAAUAAACAUUUUCCAAUCUUCUCUAAAUGUAUGUUCUUCUUGUUCUCUUAUUGUUAAGUCUGCAAGCUGCACAUAUUCAAUUAGCUUAAGUUGCCAUUCGUCUUUAGUUGGGACCUCACUCAUUUUCCAUUUUGGGGCUAACAAAACAUGGGCCGCAGUAGUGGCAUACAUAAAUAACCUUUUU